AAAAGGUAGCAUGCUAAUGUUAACAUGCUUACAGUUAGCAUUAGUGAAACACUAAAAUUUUGACAUUGAGGUGCGUACCUGUUUAAUUAGCUUGAAAAGAAGCUAGCAUGCUUACAGUUAUAAUUAGCGAAACACCAAAAUAUAUGACAUUGUGUAUAUCUGUUAAGUUAGCUUAAAAAAUGUAGCAUGCUAAUAAUAACAUGCUUACAGUUGGCAUUAGUGAAACACAAAAAUAUAUGACAUUGAGGUGUGUACCUGUUUAAUUAGUCUAAAAAGCUAGCAUGCUAAUGUUAACAUGCUAACAGUUGGCAUUAGUGAAACCCCAAAAUCUAGAACAUUGAGGUGUGUACCUGUUAAAUUGGCUUGAAAAGCUAGCAUGCUGAUAUUAGCAUGGUUACAGUUAUAAUUAGUGAAAUACCAAAAUAUAUGACAUUGAGGUGUAUAUCUGUUAGCUUAAAAAAGAUAGCAUGCUAAUUAUAUCAUUCUGACAGUUGGCAUUAUUGAAAUACCAAAAUAUACAACAAUGAGGUGUGUACCUGUUUAAUUAGCUAAAAAAAAAAAAAAAAAGCUAGCAUCCUAAUGAUAACAUGCUUACAGUUAGCAUUAAUGAAACACCAAAAUAUAUGACUGAGGUGUAUGCAUGUUAAAUUAGCUCAGAAAAAAACUAGCAUGCUUACAGUUAGCAUUAGUGAAAUACCAAAAUAUAUGACAUUGAGGUGUGUACCUGUUAAAUUAGCUUAAAAAAACUAGCAUGCUUACAGUUAGCAUUAGUGAAAUACCAAAAUAUAUGACACUGAGGUGUGUAUCUGCUAAAUUAGUUUCAUUCGUCAAGUAACGAAAUAUUUGACAUUGAGGCGUGUACCGGGCAAAAAAAAUUUAAAUGCUAGCAUGCUAACGUUAACAUGCAUCAUGUACCAAAAUAUGACUGAGGUGUAUGCAUGCUAAAUUACCUCGAAAAAAAAAACUAUCAUGCUUACAGUUAGCAUUAGUGAAAUACCAAAAUAUAUGACAUUGUGGUGUGUACCUGUUAAAUUAGCUUUAAAAGCUAGCAUGCUAAUGUUAACAUGCCAACAGUUAGCAUGAGUGAAACACCAAACUAUAUGACACUGUGGUGUGUACCUGCUAAAUUAGCUUCAUUCGUCAAGUAACAAAAUAUUUGACAUUGAGGCGUGUACCGGAAAAAAUUGUUUAAAAUGCUAGCAUGCUAACGUUAACAUGCAUCAUGUACCAAAAUAUGACUGAGGUGUAUGCAUGCUAAAUUACCUAAAAAAAACAACUAGCAUGCUUACAGUUAGCAUUAGUGAAAUACCAAAAUAUAUGACAUUGUGGUGUGUACCUGUUAAAUUAGCUUUAAAAGCUAGCAUGCUAAUGUUAACAUGCCAACAGUUAGCAUGAGUGAAACACCAAACUAUAUGACACUGAGGUGUGUACCUGCUAAAUUAGCUUCAUUCGUCAAGUAACAAAAUAUUUGACAUUGAGGCGUGUACCGGAAAAAAUUGUUUAAAAUGCUAGCAUGCUAACGUUAACAUGCACCAUGUACCAAACUAGCAUGCUUACAGUUAGCAUAAUUGAAAUACCAAAAUAUAUGACAUUGUUGUGUGUACCUGUUAAAUUAGCUUAAAAAGCUAGCAUGCUAAUAUUAGCAUGGUUACAGUUAUAAUUAGUGAAAUACCUAAAUAUAUGACAUUGAGGUGUAUAUCAGUUAGCUUAAAAAAGCUAGCAUGCUAAUUAUAUAAUUCUGACAGUUGGCAUUAUUGAAAUACCAAAAUAUACGACAAUGAGGUGUGUACUUGUUUAAUUAGCUAAAAAAAAAAGCUAGCAUGCUAAUGAUAACAUCGACGAGGAAAGAGAGCGGGCGCACUUGUCCGUCUUCGCGGACGGGGAUUACGCACGCCUCUACAAGGCAUCUUCCUCUUCAACGUCCGCUCACUUGCCAACAAGAUGGACGAGCUAGCGUUGCUGAUGAGAAGGAACAAGGACUUCUCCUCAUCAUGUGUGUUGUGUUUCACGGAGACUUGGCUGAGCGCAAGUGUCCCGGACAGCGCGCUUCAACUGGAGGGCUUUCAUCUCCUCCGCGCGGACCGAGACGCGGCGCUCUCCGGCAAAAAAAGAGGCGGGGGACUAUGCUUCUUUAUCAACAAUAGCUGGUGCACAGACGUGACUGUCAUUUUUAGACACUGUUCUUCCUCUCUGGAAUAUUUAUUCAUCCACUGUAAGCCCUUUUACUCACCGCGUGAGAUUGUUUCAUUCAUUCUCGUGGCUGUUUACAUCCCGCCCGGCGCGGACGUGCGUGACGCUCAGCGCGCGCUCGCAGGACAGAUCUUACAUGUGGAACGGUCUUUUCCUGACUCUCUUGUUAUCGUGCUUGGUGACUUUAACAAGGGAAAUUUGAGCCAGGAAUUACCAAAGUAUAGACAGUUUAUUAAAUGCCCGACCAGAGAGGAGAACACGCUGGAUCACUGCUGCACUACACUGAGCAAGGCUUUUCAUGCAGUCCCGCGCGCUGCUCUUGGACUAUCAGAUCACGUGAUGGUGCACUUAAUCCCUUCAUACAGACAGAGACUGAAACUGGCUAAACCUGUUAUGGGGAACAUUAAGUGUUUCACCGCCGAGUCUGUGGACGAGUUGCGUGCUUGUUGGGAAACGACAGACUGGGAGGCAAUUGGAGCGGCCACGAACAAUCUGGACGAGUAUACGGAGACUGUGACCUCAUACAUACAGUUCAAUGAGGCGCGCAUCAUUCCAACGCGCACCAGGGUUUGUUAUAACAACGACAAGCCCUGGUUCACACCCAAGCUCCGACAGCUGCGCAAGAAGAAGGAGGCUGCGUGGAGAAGCGGGGACCGAAGUACAUACAGAGAAGCGAAGUACCACUUCACCAGGGAAGUGGAGAAAGCUAAAUCUGUGUACUCUAACCGUCUACAGGAACAGUUCCGCUCCAAUGAUUCUGCGGCAGUUUGGAGAGGUCUAAGGGCCCUUACGAACUAUAAACCCAAAACCCCCCAGGCCCUGAAUGACCGGACUCUCGCUCAGGGCCUCAACACACAUUACUGUCGUCAUGAACGGCCUUCAGCUCAUCAAAGCCAUGCUCCCCCCACCAUCACCCUCCCCACCAAUGCCAGCACAUCAUUAAAGGAGUUAAAGGACUCCAAUGACAUCACAGGACUCCAAAAACAUCAUAAGACUGUAAAGACCCUCUCCAUCAAAGAAGAGGAUGUACGCCGGCAGUUCUUGAAGCUGAAUACGCGGAAGGCCCCCGGGCCGGAUGGUGUCUCCCCCUCCACUCUCAGACACUGUGCGGACCAGCUGGCUCCUGUCUUCACUGACAUUUUUAACACCUCUCUGGAGCUAUGCCGCGUGCCGUCCUGCUUUAAGACCUCUACCAUUGUCCCUGUCCCCAAGAAAGCACGGAUCACAGGACUAAAUGACUACAGGCCGGUCGCGCUGACGUCUGUGGUCAUGAAGUCCUUUGAGCGCUUGGUCCUGCCCCACCUCAAGGACAUCACCGCCCCCCUCCUGGACCCACUGCAGUUCGCCUACAGAGCCAACAGGUCUGUGGAUGAUGCAGUGAACCUGGCCCUCCACUUCAUCCUGGACCAUCUGGACUCCCCAGGAACCUACGCUAGGAUCCUGUUUGUGGACUUCAGCUCUGCCUUCAACACCAUCCUCCCUGGACUGCUACGAGACAAGCUCUACCAGCUCAGCGUGCCCAACUCCCUCUGCAGUUGGAUUAAUGACUUCCUGACAGACCGAAGACAGCACGUACGGCUGGGGAAGAUUGUCUCGGACAGUCGAACCACAAACACUGGUACUCCUCAGGGCUGUGUACUCUCCCCCUGGCUCUUCUCCCUGUAUACAAACUGCUGCACCUCCAGUCACCAAUCCGUAAAACUGCUCAAGUUUGCGGAUGACACCACCCUCAUCGGGCUCAUCUCGAAUGGCGAUGAGUCCGCCUACAGGAGAGAGGUGGACCGGCUGACGUCCUGGUGCAGCCUCAACAACCUGGAGCUGAACGCCCAGAAAACAGUGGAGAUGAUCAUGGACUUCAGGAAAGUCACAGCCCCACCAUCCCCCCUCACCCUGAUUGACUCUACCACCCCCGUCCCCAUUGUGGAUUCCUUCCGUUUCUUGGGCACCACCAUCACCCAGGACAGAAGGCCCAGCAGAGGAUGUACUUCCUGCGGCAGCUGAGGAAACUUAAGGUGCCGACAGAGAUGCUGGUGCAGUUUUACUCAGCCAUCAUAGAGUCCAUCCUGACCUCCUCCAUCACAGUGUGGUUCCCCGGCGCCACAGUCCAGGAUAAGAAUAGACUGCAGCGCAUCGUACGUGCUGCUGAGAAGGUGAUUGGCUGCAAGCUCCCAUCCCUCCAGGACUUGUUCUCCUCCAGGACCAGGAGGCGUGUGGGUCGGAUCACAGCUGACUCUUCUCACCCUGGACACACACUAUUCUCCCCUCUCCCCUCAGGCAGGAGACUACGCUCAAUCCAGACCCACACCUCCCGCCACCUGAACAGUUUUUUUCCCCUCGGCCAUCAGGCAAAUGAACAAUAACUCCUAACAGCAGCUCCUUGAAUUCCUUGAAUCCCUUCUAAGUCUAUCUGAUAGCUCAGUCGCAGCUCUUUUUAUACCAAAUAUGUGUUAUAUGUGUUUUAUGUCGCACGUUUGCACCAAGAAAAAUUCCUAGUUUGUGAACCCGUUCUCAAACAAUGGCAAUAAAACGAUUCUGAUUCUGAUUACAGUCAGCAUUAAUGAAACACCAAAAUAUAUGACUGAGGUGUAUGCAUGUUAAAUUGGCUUAAAAAUCUAGCAUGCUAAUGUUAACAUGCUAACAGUUAGCAUGAGUGAAACACCAAAAUCUAGGUCAUUGAGGUGUGUACCUGCAAAAUUAACUAA